AUGUCUUCUUCUCUAUUCCUAGCGCGGCCUAAGACGCCACCACAACUGCAUAUCCCAUCCUCGUCAUCCACUGUGACGGUGCGAGUAAUCGACUCGACAACUUCGUUAUUUUUGAAUCCACCACUGUUCUGGCAGCCAGAGGUGAAAGGCUUCAAUGGAAUAAACGUACCUAUCUACUGCUUUCUCGUUUCGAACGGAGAUCGACAUGUCCUCUUCGACUUGGGAGUGCGCCGUGACUGGGAUAACUAUGCUCCAAAGACGGUCGACCUUAUUCGUCGCACUACUCAAGUCAAAACAGAGAAGAAUGUCUCGGAGAUCUUAGAUUCCCAUGAGGACUGGGUAGGCCCAGGACCGGCAGUUCGCAGUAAGGAUAUUGAAGCCGUAAUUUGGUCCCAUCAUCACUUUGACCAUAUUGGGGAUCCAUCCACGUUCCCUCCAUCUACCGACCUGGUGCUUGGUCCGGGGGUGAAGGCAUUCUGCUGGCCAGCAUAUCCGUCCAAUCCAGACUCACUCGUUCUGGAUAGCGAUAUCCAAGGUCGCAAGGUGAGAGAGAUUGAUUUCGCCGCCGACUCGCCCCAGAUAUGCAAAAUUGGCCGCUUUAACGCCUUUGAUUAUUUUGGCGAUGGCUCUUUCUACCUUCUAGAUGCACCCGGUCAUUCCCUAGGACACCUUUGUGCGCUGGCACGAGUCACGGCCGGCCCUGAUGGAGAUUCGGACAAUAGUUCAUUUGUUUUUAUGGGAGCGGACGCGUGCCAUCAUCCCGGUGUUCUUCGCCCUACCGAAUACCUGCCACUGCCAGUGGGCAUUAGCCCGUCACCAGUGAGGAAAUAUCCACAUAUAUGUCCUGGGGAGAUGCUACAGGGUCUCCAGCCUCAUGGCAACGCCACAGAGCCAUUCUUUACCCUCUCACCUGUUCUUUUUCCCGAAUACGACGUGGCAUUGGAUACGGUGCGAAAGAUUGAAGAGCUAGACGCGGCAGACAAUAUUUUCAUUAUUCUCGCCCAUGAUGAAUCGAUCAAAGAAAGUCUAGAUUUAUUUCCGCGGCCAAUCAAUGAUUGGAAAGCAAAGGGUCUGCGUUCAGAGACCCGGUGGCUUUUCUGUAAAGAUUUCGAGGACGCACUGCAUUAG